UGUUAUAUAUAUACAACCUAGUACUUUGUUAUUUUAAGGUUUAAAGAUUUUUAUCCAGUUAAACGCACAGGAAGUAUUUCAAAUGUCUUUUAAAUUUUUGCUUCUUUUUCAUAAAAAAUCAAUAGUUGAAAAAACUGAGUGGGAGAAGGAGAGAUAUUUUUAGUAUGUGUCUAUGUAUAUAUGCUUAAGUGAAUUGUUGGUCAAUCGAACUUCCUCUGCUUUUGCUGGAAUGUCAACUUCGGUGAUGAGCGAUGCGAUGGUGAUGCCAGUAAUAGAAUUGGAAUCGCAAUCCGCUGUAACGAGGAAAAACAAUAAUAGGGAGGCGGAGGAGGAGGAGAAGAUGGAAAUCGAGUUUGCGAAUUGCGAUUGUUGCGGAUUAACGGAAGAGUGUACGAGGGCAUAUAUGGAAAGGAUCAAACAGCGGCAUCAAGGCAAAUGGAUCUGUGGAUUGUGUAGUGAGGCCGUGAAAGAUGAGAUGGCGAGGAGCCAAAAGCUUAUCAGCUGUGAAGAAGCAAUGACUCGCCACACCUCCUUCUGUAAAGCCUCCAGAUCACCACCAGGAGGACCGCCUCCCAAUCCGGCUAUUCAUUUGAUUUCCGCUAUGAGAAAGAUGUUAUUCAAGCGUGCUAAUUCUGCCCCGAGGUCCAUGCCUAGUAGUCCCAUGAAUAAAACCGAAUCUGCUGGAGCUGGACUGUUUCGAUCCGAGAGCUGUAUGCCCACAUUAACUCUUACCGUUGAAUCCUCGUCCUCGGAAGAACAACAACAACAUGGGGACUCACAUAUAUCGUAACGAUUCCUUAUCUCAAGCAAAUGAACAUUGUUAAUUAGUUUUUUUAAGUUCUUGUUGCUGCAUUUGGGAGACUUGAUUAAAGUUAGAUGAUUUAGUUAAUUAGUGCUCUCAUAAAUACUACUCGCUACUAGCAAACAGAAACUUUUUUCUUCUUAA